AUGGCAGGCAGCGGCAAAACGACGCUGAUGCAAAGGAUCGCUGUUCACAUACACAACCAGCAGCUGCCAUCGUACAUCAUCAACCUGGACCCUGCAGUCAGCUCGGUUCCUUACGGUUGCAACAUUGACAUCCGCGACACAGUGAAUUACAAGCAAGUGAUGAAGGAGUACGAGCUGGGACCGAACGGGGGGAUCUUGACGUCGCUGAACCUCUUUGCAACCAAGUUUGACCAAGUCAUGGGGUUGAUCGAGCAGAAGGCCGACAGCCUCCAGCAUAUCUUUGUGGAUACUCCUGGACAGAUCGAGAUCUUCACUUGGUCUGCUUCUGGUACCAUCAUCUCUGACAUGUUCGCUUUCUCUGUUCCCACUGCAUUGAUCUACGUGGUGGACACUCCGAGGACAACGUCCCCGGUGACCUUUAUGUCGAACAUGCUCUACGCAUGCUCCAUCAUGUACAAGUUCAAGCUUCCCUUCAUCCUCGUCUUCAACAAGACCGAUGUGACCUCGGCCGACUUCGCCAUCGAUUGGAUGACAGACUACGAGAAGUUUCAGGAGGCUGUUCAAGACGAAAAGGCGUAUGCUGGGACUCUGUCAGCCUCUAUGGGGCUCGUGCUAGAGGAAUUCUAUCGGAACAUCACGACUGUCUGCAUGUCGGCAGUCACAGGAGAGGGAGUCGAGGAUCUGUUUGACAAGAUCGCGCGGGCAGGGGAGGAAUAUGCGAAUGUGUACAGACCGAUGUUGGAAGCCAAGUAG